UACAUUAUAAAUACAUUAUAACUCGUAUGUAUCUCUUAUGCAAAAAAAUGUGAUUAUCAAUAACAAAUAGAUUCUUAUUGAGUUGCAAUUGUUUAUCGUUUACGUAUAAUAAGAAUAUUAUCCUAAAUUUUUUAAUAUCGCGAAUAUACUAUAAAUACCAACCAUUAGUCUCAUUUAUCCAUUCAUGUUCUCACGAGACAAUAUAUCCAUAGUUUAUUACACUAUAUUAUAAUAUAACACUAUUCUAUAUUAUAUAAUUAUAUAAUUGAUUAUAUGAUACGCAAAAAUGAAGCAUUUUCUGUUCGUUACAUCAAUCCUAUCGUUAACAACUAUAAGCUAUGACGAGUUACUUCUCAAAAUGCAAUGGAAAUACCUCGAUCUUCUCUGGAAUAGUCCACAGAAAAAAGAAGAAACGAUAGCUUCCGGUAGAUACAAUGCUAGCGCGGCUUUCCUAUACGAUGUAGACAUACGAUGGAGGCAUCAGUUUAUAGAUGGUAGAAUAUUCAUUACUGCGAUAAGAGACAAAGGUGUACCAGUUAGUUUGUUCACGGUAACUGAGGAACAGGGAAAGGGUGGUCCACUUUUGCGUCCGUAUCCAGAUUGGUCUUGGUAUAAAGAUGACUGCAAGGGAAUUACGGGUGGUGUUUAUCAAAUAGAGAUUCGGUGCAAUCAUCUCUUUGUUGUGGAUGAUGGUAGAAUUGGAGAAGAUCAACGAUGCCUUCCGCAAUUACUGAUCUUCGAUUUAUCAACUGAUAAAUUGAUUAAACGUGUCACUGUCCCAAUUAACAUCGCUCAUAACGAGAACGCCUGGGGAUCGUUAGCUUCCUUCUUUAUGAUAAUUCUCGCAGAUACUCUCAUCUUUCCAAACAGAUAUUCAUGUACUAGUUUGCGUACGGUUCAUUCACGAUUGAUCUCUGCUUCUGCCACGAAUCAUCGCUCUGGUCACACUCUGACUGUGUGCUCGACCGACGGCACUGUCUCCGAUACGUUAGUUCUAUCAGCGGCGAUUUGA